CUAAGUCAAAAUGCCUUUAGCAAGGACUGUGGGGAUUGCGAUCCUUACUGCUUUAGUCGUGGGUUUAGUGGUAGGGCUGACAACAUGGGCUGUGAUGAGGGACGAUCCUGCAGAAGAAGGACCACCAGAAACUACAGUACCUGAUACUACGACUACGACGACUACGACCACUACAACUGAAGCCUCCACAGUUGAACAACCGCCUGAACUGAGGAAGUUGGAUUGGUGGGAACACACUGUGAUUUAUCAGAUUUAUCCACGAUCGUUCAAGGACAGUGAUGGAGAUGGCAUAGGGGAUCUUAAAGGUAUCACCAGCGAGCUGGAACACCUGGUGGACGCAGGAGUGGGAGCUCUCUGGAUGUCUCCAAUCUUCCAGUCUCCUAUGAUAGACUUCGGGUAUGACAUCAGCGACUUCUUCGCUAUCCACGAUGAGUAUGGCACCAUGGAGGAUUUCGUUGAGCUGGUGAAUAAGGCGCAUUCGUUGGGGAUCAAAGUCCUUUUAGACUACGUGCCUAAUCAUGCAAGUACAUAUUCCGAAUACUUCAUAAAAUCUGAAAAUAGGGAACCAGGAUUUGAAGACUUUUUUGUGUGGGCAAACCCUCGCUUCGAAGUUGGUAACCCUACACCUCAGGUACCUUCUAACUGGAUCAGUCAAUUUGGAGGCUCAGUCUGGGAAUGGAGCGACAAACGCCAGCAAUAUUACCUCCACCAGUUUGCGAUCGAGCAAGCUGACUUCAACUUCAGAGAACAGGCAGUCAAGGACAAGAUGAUAGAAAUCAUGCUCUUCUGGAUUGAGAAAGGAGCUGAUGGAUUCAGAGUGGACGCCAUCCCCCAUUUGUUCGAAACCCCUCCUAAUGAAUUCGGAGUCUACCCUGACGAACCACUGUCUGGGAAUAUGUUCUUAACACCAGACCAGCCUGGGUACACCACGCAGAUACAUGUGAGGGACCUGAUAGAACUGUAUGAUGUUGUAUAUGAUUGGAGAGAGGCUGUUGACAAGUGGGCUGAAGAUAACAACUCUGAGACUAAGAUACUACUUGCGGAAGCAUACGCAAACAUCAGCAUGACCAUGUUAUACUACGGAGAUGAAAAGGGAAGAGUUGGUGCCCAUUUCCCAUUCAAUUUCGACUUCAUAACGGCCCUGUCUGCAAAAUCUUCCGCCAGAGACUUCGCGUACGUCAUUCGACACUGGCUCACUUACAUGCCUAAAGGAAACGUUGCCAACUGGGUGUUCGGAAACCACGACCAGAGCCGCAUGCCGUCCAGAUUCAGAACUGACAUGGUGGACGGAUUGAACAGUCUCAACAUGUUACUGCCAGGAGUCGCAGUCACAUACCAGGGCGAGGAAAUCGGAAUGAGGGAUGGCUUCGUCAGCUGGGAAGAUACAGUAGACGUAGCAGCACUAAACCAGGGCAAUCCUGAUAACUAUCUAGAGUUCUCUAGAGAUCCUUGCAGAACACCGUACCAUUGGAACAACUCCACCAGUGCAGGAUUUUCGACCAAUGAAAGGCCUUGGCUACCAGUAGCACAAGACUAUAUGGAAAUUAAUCUACAAGCUCAAAAGGAUGCUGAUAUUAGUCAUUAUAAGGUGUACCAAACUCUGACACGACUCCGCAAAGAGCCAGCCCUAUCCCACGGCGAGUAUGACGUGGAAGCUCUGACUGCCAACACCCUGCUCCUCAUCCGCUACCUGAGGACCUUCGACACGUAUGUCCUGCUGUUCAACGUGGGCACUGUCACUGAUACUGUGGACCUCAGUGGAAUCACACUGGUGUCUGCUCCUUUGACUGUUUAUACUGCUAGCGUGCAUAGUAGUAGGACGCCUGGAACCGUUGUUCCUCUGAAUAACAUCACCCUGCUACCUGGUGAAGCGAUUGUACUUCGAGCUCCUCCGACGUGAUAAAAAAUAAAUAAAAAAUAUAUUUAUAUAUUAGUUAAGUUCAUAUAUAAAUUAAGCCGUAUUACAACGAACUAUGAAGAUAUCAGACCAUGAAUUUUGUUGUUUUAAAAAAACCUUUUUUUCUGUGUAAUUGGACCCUAAUUUUAGAUGACGACUAAAGAGAUAACAAGCAUCCUCCUUUUUGGCAAGUCGGUUAAACAGGAAAAAUAAACAUUGUCGUAAUUAGCGAAAUUGUUGUCUCGUGAGCAUUUGCUCAUAUUAUAAAUGUUAUAGAUAUUGAUAGACUUUAAACAAACAAAUAAAGAUUGCGUAACUA